CCCCUCCGCCGGCUCGCUCACCCUGGUGGUGCCAUGGCGGCCUUCAGCAAGUACUUGACGGCGCGAAACUCCUCGCUGGCGGGGGCCGCGCUCCUGCUGCUCUGCCUGCUCCACAGACGGCGCCGCGCCCUGGGCCUGCACGGUAAGAAAAGUGGAAAACCACCAUUACAGAAUCAUGAGAAAGAAGGAAGAAAAGAGCGAGCUGUUGUGGACAAGGUAUUUUUAUCAAGGCUGUCAAAGAUUCUGAAAAUUAUGGUCCCUAGAACAUUUUGUAAAGAGACAGGUUACUUGAUACUUAUUGCUGUUAUGCUGGUGUCUCGAACAUAUUGUGAUGUUUGGAUGAUUCAAAAUGGGACACUCAUUGAAAGUGGUAUCAUUGGUCGUAGCAGAAAAGAAUUCAAGAGAUACUUAUUCAACUUCAUCGCUGCCAUGCCUCUUAUCUCUUUGGUUAAUAACUUCUUGAAGUAUGGGUUAAAUGAACUCAAGCUAUGCUUUCGAGUACGGCUCACUAAAUACCUCUAUGAGGAGUAUCUUCAAGCUUUCACAUAUUAUAAAAUGGGAAAUCUGGACAGCAGAAUAGCUAAUCCAGACCAGCUGCUCACACAAGAUGUUGAAAAAUUUUGUAACAGUGUAGUUGAUCUAUAUUCAAAUCUUAGUAAGCCAUUUCUAGACAUUGUUUUAUAUAUCUUCAAGUUAACAAGUGCAAUUGGAGCGCAAGGCCCAGCGAGCAUGAUGGCCUACUUAGUUGUUUCUGGGCUGUUCCUAACUCGACUUAGAAGACCCAUUGGUAAGAUGACAAUAACUGAGCAGAAGUAUGAAGGUGAAUACAGAUAUGUUAAUUCCCGGCUCAUCACAAAUAGUGAAGAAGUUGCCUUUUACAAUGGGAAUAAAAGAGAAAAGCAGACAAUCUACUCAGUCUUCCGAAAACUGGUGGAGCACCUGCAUAAUUUCAUUUUGUUCCGGUUCUCUAUGGGCUUCAUGGAUAGUAUAAUUGCCAAAUACCUGGCCACUGUAGUUGGUUACCUAGUCGUCAGCCGCCCUUUUCUAGAUUUGUCUCACCCUCGACAUCUCAAGAGUACACAUUCAGAACUUCUGGAGGAUUACUACCAAAGUGGAAGAAUGCUUUUGCGAAUGUCUCAAGCUCUGGGUCGAAUAGUUUUGGCUGGACGUGAAAUGACUAGAUUGGCUGGUUUUACUGCCCGGAUUACAGAACUAAUGCAGGUAUUAAAGGAUUUAAAUCAAGGCAAAUACGAACGCACAAUGGUCUCACAGGAAAAAGGUAUUGAAGAAGCACAAAUCAGUCCCUUGAUACCUGGUGCUGGAGAAAUCAUCAAUGCAGAUAACAUUAUAAAGUUUGAUCAUGUUCCUUUGGCAACGCCAAAUGGAGACAUCUUGAUCAGAGACCUUAAUUUUGAAGUUCGAUCUGGAGCCAAUGUUCUCAUUUGUGGUCCAAAUGGCUGUGGGAAGAGUUCUCUUUUCCGGGUUCUUGGUGAACUAUGGCCUCUCUUUGGAGGACGCCUAACUAAACCUGAAAGAGGAAAGUUAUUUUAUGUUCCUCAGAGACCUUAUAUGACCCUUGGAACACUUCGAGACCAAGUGAUCUAUCCAGAUGGAAGAGAAGAUCAGAAAAAGAAGGGGAUAUCUGACCUAGUACUGAAGGAAUAUUUAGACAAUGUCCAAUUGGGUCAUAUCCUUGAACGUGAAGGAGGCUGGGACAGUGUUCAGGAUUGGAUGGAUGUACUCAGUGGUGGAGAAAAACAAAGAAUGGCGAUGGCAAGAUUAUUUUAUCACAAGCCCCAGUUUGCCAUUUUGGAUGAAUGCACUAGUGCAGUUAGCGUGGACGUGGAAGGAUACAUUUACAGCCACUGUCGGAAGGUUGGCAUCACUCUCUUCACUGUGUCACACAGAAAAUCUCUUUGGAAACACCAUGAGUACUACCUGCAUAUGGAUGGCAGAGGCAAUUAUGAAUUCAAACAGAUAACAGAAGAUACAGUUGAGUUUGGCUCUUAGAGAAAUCUGGAGAACUGACGCACUGCAAUGAAACAAUUACAGAAUACACUUAAAAAUACAAAAUACCUUGUAAAAUAAAAAUUGAGCUUGUUUUUUUUUAAAACAAAGCAACAAAUUAGAUAUAGAAUAAUGGAGAACAAGUUGUUAAACCAUUUAAUAUUAUAUAGGAUAUUGCCAAUUGUGUAUAUGUUGGUUUAAUCAUUAAUAUGUACUAAGAAUGUCCUUAUUCUUGUGGUUAAAAACCUGCCUAAAUUAAAUUGGGCUUAAAUCAGUGUAACCUGAUUCAUCCUGGGAUGUAAACCAUUUGAAGUCAGCUAAUUUGACUUUGAUGCCUCUAUCUUUUCCUUCAGUGAAGAACCCUAUUUAAAACUGGGGUCAUCACUCGUCCUCUUCUAACUUUGAACUUCAUUUUCUUUGUCCCAUGGUAAUGGGAACCAAACAAAUCAUAAUGUGUUAUUAAAAAUAUGUAACGUUAUUGCGUAAUAGCAUUUAUCACACGGUUAGCAGAUUUCUUUAGUUGCCAGUUAUAUUCAUUCCUUGUAUAUGCCUUGGGGUGCAUUUGACUCUAGGAAUGCCAUUUGGAUUUUCUUUAAGUAAUAGGUGUGUCCCUCUCAGUCUGCAGGAUUGACUUGUUUGGAGGGUUUUUUAGGUGAUGUAUGUAACAAAAAUGUAUGUGCAGCCAUGCUUACAAGGGAUGGUUUCUGUUUGUCACACCUAAUCUUCCCAAUGUUUGGGAUUUUAAUACACAAGAUCCUUACCUGUCAAACUCGUGCUCUUACGAGAUUUGGAAUUUUUAAAAGAAUUGGACGGAAGUGUGUGUGUGUGAGAAGCCAUUUGUUAGAAGCUGGUGGUUGUAUGGUGUCUGACUCCAGAUGAGCCGUAGGAAUGCACUGUGGGAAAUAAUGCACUGAAUAUGCAGUACCGUCACUGUCUUUGACCGUGGUUUAUGUUUAAAAAUAGGUUACAAAAUGUUAUGCACAUGAAUGAAUUCUUUUUCCUGGGUGCUGGUUUAUCUCUGUGAAUCCUGAAUAACUUUCUGUAUUUGGGUUGUUAGGCUGAACAGUUUUGAGAGAAACUCACUCAGCUCAGCAGCCCACCGUUCUUGAUCACAUGUAUUAUUUGCACCAGGAAAGAUGAAACAGAAUAGGAUCAAAAAGCUAGAUGGGAAAGCAGUUUUAUCAAACUGGGGCUCACAAAGGGGCAUUUUAUAUUCUCGUUUCUGUAUAACUGGUUUUGUUUUUAGCAAAAUUAACUAUAAUAAUCACUGGUUACCAAAGUAAACAUAAUGUACUGAUUCCAUAAAACUUACCUUUCAGUUUUUACCACUUCUCUUUAGCAACCUUGUAUACUUAUUUUCUGUUCAGAUUAUAAACAAUCAGAUACUCUAUACAAACUUUGAUUAUUCCCCCCUCCCCUCCCAGUAUCUAAAUACAGAGCUGUUCAUACAUGGUUCAUACAAUUUUGACUUGAAAAAGCAAAAUAAAUUAACAUUCAGAAAGCUA